CAAAAAGUUGCCGAACUAGAUGUAACAAUUGUUUUGAUCGUCAGUCGGGAUUUAAUUUCGAGUAGUAAAUAUUUUAAAUUACAAUGAAUCAAGUAACCUAAUUAAUAUUCAUGAUCCGCAAGGUGCUUUCACUGACAUGCCUUCACGCUAAAAGCAUGGGACGUUUUUUCUAUGCCGUAGGAAGAGGCAAACAGACGGGAGUCUUUCCAACAUGGGGUGAGUGUGAACUUCAAGUCAAAGGGUUUCCUGGGGCCAAGUUCAAGAAAUUUGGGACGGAAGCGGAGGCUUGGGACUUUGUGGAAGCAACAAAUGACUGCAGCUCUGCACCAAAAUCAUGCAGCUCUGCACCAAAAUCAUGCAGCUCUGCACCACAACCAUGGAGCUCUUUUCUGGCAAAAGGUGUCUCUUCAACUGCUUCUAGUUCCAAACGGUCUUACUCCGCUGCGCCUCUUAAGCGUUUGUAUUCAACAGACUCGGUAGACCCAUCACUUAAAAAGAAACGACGCACUGCAUCAGCCUCAACAGCACCAUCAACUUCUGGAUACUCUAGUGACAAUCUGGUAGUGUAUACAGAUGGAGCGUGCAGUCAUAAUGGAUUCAGUGGAGCCAAGGCAGGAUUAGGGGUUUACUGGGGUGAUAAUCAUCCACUCAAUACCAGUGCUAGAUUAGAAGGAAAACAGACCAAUCAGAGAGCAGAGCUUACAGCAGCCUUGAGAGCACUAGAACAGAUCAAUGAACAUCAUAAAAGAAGGACAGUGACAUUAUACACAGACAGCAAAUACACAAUCAAUUGUGUUACAGAUUGGAUUCACCGAUGGAAAAAGAAUGGCUGGAAGACGGCACAGAAGACUGAUGUCAUUAAUAAAGAUGAUCUGGUCAAAUUAGAUAAACUCAACAGAGAACUCGAUGUCAAAUGGGAAUAUGUCCCAGGUCACAAGAACGUGUAUGGAAACGAGAAAGCAGACAAACUGGCCAGAGAGGGCGCUGCACAACCCUUGCUGGGAAACUCAUGAUGAUAUAAGAUAACUCAAAAGAAAAUAUAUUUGAUGAUCAGGAUAUCUAAAGAUUAUUUAUUUUGCGUUACUGUUCUUUCAACUUAGUAGAGUAUUAAACAUGAAUUGUGAUGUAAUACUCAAAAGAGAGGUUCGAAAUGCAGUAUUUGAGUUGAAGAAAUGAAUCCUAAUGGGAAAAUGUGUCAAGACUUUAUUUUCAAUGAAAGUUAGUUUUUAAAACAAUUUCGCUACCAAGAAGCAUGAAAAAUGGGCUUUACUUCGAGAAAAAAAAUCCACAAAAAUGACCCUUUAAAAUGGGUAGGGGUUUUGAGGCUUCAGCACCUCCGAGCUGUGAAUGUAAAUCUCUAUGUUUAUACACAGUUCAUGCAUUCUGCUCAUUGCUUUUGUCUUUACAAACGAUUUUGGUGACUUGGUUUUCAUUUAGAUUAAUAAAAGCCAGUAAAACAUCAACAUCAAAAGCAGCUAAGAGAGCCCUGUAAAUUCCUUGACCAGUUUGAUGAACUGAAACUUGCCUUAAUUUGCCAUUUUGUUAGCUCUUCUUUUCUUUUCUUUUUCUCGACAGCAAAACAACAUUUUAAUGAGAAGAGUUUUGAGCAUCAUUAUUCACUCGACAUACGUAGAUAUAUUAAAUAAACUGGAAAAAAAUUGUAGAAUGCAAGCAGUUUGGAUUUGCACGAUAUGUUUUUGUUAGCUCUUCUUGUAAAUGCUAUAUGUUUUAUGUUUGUUUUGCCUUUAAAUACUUAAAGGGGAAGUCCAACCUGAUAUUAAGAUGGUUUAAAUAAAAAGCAGAAAAAUGAGAGAAAUGAUUUUAAUAGUGAAAGUAUAAGCCACAUCCCAUUAAAAAUAGGAAAGUUAUGAACUUUCAAAGUCGUCAGCAGUGAAAAACAAAUUGGCAACAUUUUUUAUUGAAACUUUUCUCUAGAAAAAUUAUACAUUUGUUGGGGGGUACAGAGGUUAAAUGGGAGGGUACCUUGCAAGAGAAGUCACAGAGUUUCCAAUUUGUGUUGGAUUGAUUGAACCUUUAAAAUUGAUGACUUUAUUUUAAAUCUUUUCUUUUGCCUUUUCUGCUUCUAUUAAAACCAACUUAAUACAUGUAUUAGGGUAAACUCCCUCUUUAAUUAUAAUCCUUUUGUCAGAAUGUCAUUGAAAACAAGAAUUGAAUUGAAUGAUAUAAUCUUGAAAGUACACCUAGCUCCUCUGCCCCCCCCCCCCCCCCCCCCCCCCCCUACCAAAAAAAGGGGUGUGGUCACAUGUUUCAGCUCUUGGUUGAAGGAUUUUAUUCAGAUGAUGAGAAAAAAUAUCUUUUCAAUUUUCAUAGAUUACGAUUAACUCAAUAGCUGUAUUUUUUCUCUGAAAUAUCCAUGUACUUCAACAUUUACGUUCAUGUGAAUUCAAGGACCAUAAUUACCUUGUAAUUUUGAUAUACUGUGCUUUAUGUUGUUCAUGAAAUUAUUUGUUUGUUGAAAGUUUUAAAUAAGAGAUAAAUGUCAAAUUGCCAAAUUGGGACAAUUCAUUAUGUUGAGGGGACAAAAAUACAUCAAGUUUGUGUAACUCUAGAAUGAUAGCUACUAUUAAAUAUGUACCAUGAAUGUUCUUGGGUUGACAACAGAUUUACUAGUUUGUUGGUGUUUUUUUUAAACCUUUUUUUAGUAUGUCACAACAAUUAACCCAAUCUCAUGGAAUGACCUAAAUGAAUAAGCCUCUUUUAUGUUUGUAUCACAUGUUCUUUAUCAGUUACAAAGAGACAAUAAAGAGAAAAAUAUCCAUGUA